UUCUUGGGGAUUCCCAAUCGAAACGAAACUAGAUCACCGAGCAGAGACAGAUCUAUUAGCAUUACUGGGAGUAACAUCACGAUUGUGGAGUAACUAGUAACAACUGCUGCUCGUGAAUAUUUCCGUAUCUUAAGAGCUUCAGCCCCAGGCCCUGCCCAACGAUCACAGGCAGCAUCUUGGAUACGACUAUUCCCAUCACAGAGUGAUGUCGUCCUCACACCUGAACGAGCCACAGAACCGACAACGUCUCCGGCCGUGGUUGGAGGCAAAGAUCAACAGCGGUAAUUUCCCCGGGCUGGAGUGGGUUGAACGCCACCAGUACAUCUUCAAGAUUCCCUGGAAGCAUGGAGGGAAGCAGGACUGGUCUGAGAGCGACUCACUCAUAUUCAAGGAGUGGGCAAUUCACACUGGGCGGUUCCGGGAUGGGAUCGACCAGCCCGACUGGCCAAGCUGGAAGACCCGGCUCCGCUGUGCCCUGAACAAACUCCCCGACAUCCAGGAGAUCAAGGACAUGAGCAACCUGGACGGCAACAACCCCUUCAGAGUCUACAGGUUCCUGCCAAAGAAAGGUCAGGAAUCUCCUCACCGCCGUAACGGCGUGCCACCACGUUACGACGCUGACGACCGUUUCGCUCACUCCCCGUCAGGCAAUCCCAUCAAACAAGAGAUGGCCAGCAACAUUCCCAAGACAGUGUCUGACACCAUUUCAGGAGAGAGCGAGACAGGCAUUCGAGUCAGCAGUCUAGGGUCGGACCUUGGGGGCAUUGACGUCAAAGAUCUUAUCCCCCUGGCGGACAGAAGACCCCCCGCCGUGGGCGCUACACCUGGGAGCUACCAGCUGAAAGAGGAGGAGAUGGAUACAGAAGACAACUUAGUGAUUGACGAAAGGCCCUACCCUACAGACGCCCACACUGGAGCUCCACCUGCCCACAACAAUGGCCCCUCUGACCGGGAGAUCGCCAUCGCAGCAGACACGUCCCUUCAUCAGUUGAUGAUGUUCACACGCUUACAGAAGGAACCUGAACUUCACGAGGUGAUCGUCAAGCUGAAGUACCGUCACACGGAAGUAGCGGGGCACCACGUGAAGAACCUCAGCGGUUGCCGACUCUUCUACGGUCCCAUGAUGGACGCUAUUGUGGGAAACCUGCAGGAGCAGAUGUACGGUCCCGCGUGUCUCGACCAGCUACACUUCCCUCUGUGCGACAAUUUGAUCGACAACCACAGACAGAGCUCCCUGACCACCCAGCUGCUCAAUGUGCUUGACCGUGGUCUCAUCCUGGAGACCAACGGGGGGGACAUAUUCGCUACACGGAAGUGCAGAUUAGUGAUAUUCGUGUCACAGCCCGAAAAUCCUUAUGGCGAGCCGAUAAAGCUGCACCGGAACAAGCCGCCUAUGAAAGUGUUUGACUACCAUGGCUACUUCAUCCCAACACUACAGCGAGCCCUCCGCGGGGAAUGCCCCGCUCCAUCCGCAGAGAUCCUCAUCGGGUUCGGCCAGGACUGGAAGAUGGAGAAACAUCCGUAUAACAACCUUCUCAUCUCCGCAACGGUUAUCCAUGCCCGAGCCUACCAUCAGCUCUCACAGAUCCCGCCCGACGCUUUUGUAUCUGCUUCCGACGAGUAUGACCGGUACCUGGACCACUUUAAGCAGCUCGACAUUGACCAGAGGUCGUGAGGAUGUAUUGUACCUUGCCUUGCCGACUGUAUUCUGAACCUGGUGCAGCGCGAUUCGGUGUGACGUCAUGUGUGACGUAAAUGUAUUUAAAUGUACAGUCAGUUUUACCGGUGAACCCUUUCAUUUAUCAUCCACUGUGAGAAGGGAUUGGAGGCACACUUAUGCUUUAUUCAGUGAGGUUUACCGCCGUGUUCAACAUAGGCGCUUCAUGUCAACAAAGACAUCAGUGGAACGCUAGAAUGUGUUUAGCCAAUUGUUUCUUUCCAUGUGUAUAUUUCAUCAGCAAGGACAUUUCACACCCGAGCAGCAUUGUUUGUCUUAGGGUAUUUCUGAAAAAUGAAUAUGAAUUAUGAUAUACGCACCAACGCCAGAUGAAUGCGAUUCCCAAUUUCUCCUCAAACUUUGAAGAAACACAACCAUGUUGGGCCGAACAUGACCGUAUGUACUAUCAAUUUAAGGGCAUAA